UCCCGGAGCUCGGCUGAGGCCGGGGUCGCCGCGGGCGGAGGGGGAGGGGACGCAGGGCGGCCGGGCCGCGGGAAGGCGGGCAGCUCACGGACGCCGAGCCAGGAAGCGGCGCGAUGCGAGAGCCAGCGGCGACUCGGUGCUGAGCCCGAGAGGAAGGACCCGCAGCGGCCGCAGCGCAGGCAGGCGCGGAGCAAAAUGCACCCGCGGUGCCGCGCGGUCCUGCAACCUCGCCGCAGGCCCGCGGCCCGCAGCCCCCCGGGGCGGCAGUGAGGGACUCCCGCCACCUCUGGGGGCCGAGCGGACGGCUAUCUGGUUGGAGAAGCGGGGCAAGAUCUCGGCGGCUGAACAUUUCCAGGAAGCCACCGCACCCGGAGCAAGAGCCCACCUCUGCCACCAGCGGGGCAUCAGCCAGCGGCGCGCAUGGAUUUAUGAAGACACUCAUGCAAGAAGUGGGCAGGACUUGGGCAAACUUUUCCACCGGCUCCGCGUCCACUGCUCCCCGCGCCUCGUCUCCUUUCCCCUCCUCGCCCGGAGGCCGCCGCUGCCCGCGAUGGUGGCCGCGCUGCUGGGCGGCGGCGGCGGGGCCCGCGGGGGAACCGUGCCGGGCGCCUGGCUGUGCCUGAUGGCGCUACUGCAGCUGCUGUGCUCGGCGCCGCGGGGCUCAGGACUGGCGCACGGCCGCCGCCUCAUCUGCUGGCAGGCGCUGCUGCAGUGCCAGGGGGAGCCGGAGUGCAGCUACGCCUACAACCAAUACGCCGAGGCGUGCGCGCCGGUGUUGGCGCAGCGCAGCGGGGGCGACGCGCCGGGGGCCGCAGCAGCCGCCUUCCCGGCCUCGGCCGCCUCUUUCUCCUCCCGCUGGCGCUGCCCGAGCCACUGCAUCUCGGCCCUAAUUCAGCUCAACCACACGCGCCGCGGGCCCGCUCUGGAGGACUGUGAUUGCGCGCAGGACGAGAACUGCAAGUCCACCAAGCGCGCCAUUGAGCCGUGCCUGCCCCGGACGAGCAGCGGCGGCGCAGGCGGCCCGGGCGCGGGCGGGGUCAUGGGCUGCACCGAGGCCCGGCGGCGCUGCGACCGCGACAGCCGCUGUAACCUGGCGCUCAACCGCUAUCUGACCUACUGCGGUAAGCUCUUCAACGGGCUGCGCUGCACGGACGAGUGCCGCACCGUCAUCGAGGAUAUGCUGGCCGUCCCCAAGGCGGCAUUGCUCAAUGACUGCGUGUGCGAUGGCCUGGAGCGGCCCAUUUGUGAGUCGGUCAAGGAGAACAUGGCCCGCCUGUGCUUCGGCGCGGAGCUGGGCAAUGGCCCCGGCAGCAGCGGCUCGGACGGGGGCCUGGACGAUUACUACGACGAGGACUACGACGAUGAGCAGCGCCCCGGGGGUGCUGGAGGCGAGCAACCUCUGGACGAUGACGACGGAGUCCCGCACCCGCCGCGCCCGGGCGGCGGCGCUGCUGCUGCGGGCGGCCGCGGGGACCUGCCGUACGGACCCGGGCGCAGGAGCGGCAGCGGCGGUGGCCGCUCGGCGCCCCGAGGAACUUGGACGCCGUUCGCCUCCAUCUUGCUGCUGCUGUUUGGACGGUUCAUUUAGGCCUCGUGCCCCAGCCGCUGGCUGCUGGAGGACCUACGCCCCGCUCCGGUGCUUGCUUUCCGGCUUGCCCCAGCUCCGGGGCACCAGUGGCCCAGGGACCGAAAGAAGAUGAUCCAGAAUACUUCCCAAAACUUUUUCCAAAUCGACUCAGCCUUGUCAUUCUUCCACCACGACUUUUGGCAUUUCCCCGUCCCCUCUCCGGAGUAUGAUUUCUUGGACCUUCUCUCUCGCACCCCAUUUAGGCUCCAGAAACAACCAACUGAUCUUUCCUGCAGAAAUCUGUUGAGUUCAGGAUACCCUGAAGGGAACGGACGUGGGGGAGAAAAUUGGAGUCCUGUAUUUGGAAGAGAGUGUGUUGACCCAUGGGGGUUGGGGGUCCAGGGACCUGGCGGUG